CUCCCUCUGUUCCUCCCUGUCUGUCUCCUUAUAGGUGGGUCCUGCAGCCUCUCCUCUCCUCACACUCCAACCCUGCUCAUCUCUCAGCUGGACAGUAAGGGCCGUUCACACCACACACUGACAACAUGCUGGGGACAAUCUGUACUCUCAUCACUGCUCUAACAUGUAAGGAAUUUACUGUAUGUUCAAUCUGAAUCCCCAAAAUGCAAUACCAGUUUAAUAUUAAUUUAUGAUUUAAUGUCUUAAAUUGUGUGCUUAAUUCCCACAGAUGUCAGUUGCCAGAAAGCAGUGACACAGACACCUUCAGUACUGACUGUCAGUUCAAAGGAGACUGCUACUUUUCACUGUGACAUUACCAAAGGGGAAGGUUAUUAUGUGGGUCCUGCAGCCUCUCCUCUCCUCACACUCCAACCCUGCUCAUCUCUCAGCUGGACAGUAAGGGCCGUUCACACCACACACUGACAACAUGCUGGGGACACUCUGCACUCUCAUCACUGCUCUAACAUGUGUCAGUGGUGUGACUGUGGUGACACAGAAGCCUCCUGUUGUGACAGUGAAGAAAGGAGAGACGGCCACCAUGGACUGUAACCUGGGGACUGUUGAAAAUAGUGCUCGUUGGUAUAAACAGGUUCCAGGAGGAGUCCCUCACUAUGUGUUAAGGUGGUACCACACUGGUUGGAGCUCUGUAAAAUAUGGUUCUGGUUUCUCCUCUCCUAAAUUCACAUCUAAUCAUCAGUCUAAAUCAGAUUAUCGUUUGAUUAUUAAUUCUGUGGAGGAGACAGACUCAGCAGUGUAUUACUGUAAUACAUGGGACAGCUCUGUUGAAGAUGUGGUAUUCGGACAAGGAACCAAGCUCAUUGUCACUGACUCUACCCUCCCUCCGCCUGUCUUGACCAUCUUCCCUCCGUCCAGCGAUGAGUUGAAGUCCAGCAAAGUCACCCUGGUGUGUCUGGCCAGUCAGAUGGCCAUGGGCUACGCCGAUGUCAGCUGGACAGCGGGAGGGAAUCCGGUCACCGGCGGCAUCGCUACGAGUGGCCCGGUGCCGCAAGCCGACAAGACGUUCCAACUCAGCAGCUGUCUGACCGUUGACACGUCAGAAUGGAACCAGGACAAAGUGUUCUCGUGUAAAGUCACCGCGGGCUCCAAGUUCGCUGAGAAAGACAUCAAGAAGUCUGUAUGCAGCACUGAAUAGCCUGAGAACCAUUGUAAUGUCCAGUUGAUUUUCUACAUCACUUUUCAAGAUAUUGUUAAUGCAUUAGAAGUUUAACCUGCAUAUAUACAUUAUGUUCCAUAAAAGAUAAAUAGCUAAUCACACUGAUAUCAUAGGCUAUAUGAUAAGUAUACUCUGUAUAUUUGAAAUGGGUUGCUUUGCAGAUGUAUAAUAGAGGAAUAGUUAGAGCUUUGCUGUAUUGUGGAUAUUAAAUAAAGAACAUUCUAAA